AUGCUGUACACUUCUAUGUCAUGUCGUGUCUCAGUUUGCACUACAUUUAUAUGUUGGAAUGUCUUUUGUAGGUUUGUGGCAACUGAACUGGCGACGGAUAUUGUUAUCACUGUAGGAGAUGUCAAGUUUUAUCUUCAUAAGUUCCCACUUUUGUCCAAGAGUUCCCGUCUGCAAACAUUGGUUGCCUCCACGGACGAGGAAGGCAACGAUGAAGUAGACAUUUCUGACAUCCCCGGUGGACCUUCAGCAUUUGAAAUCUGUGCAAAGUUCUGCUAUGGUAUGACCGUCACGCUGAACGCGUACAACGUCCUCGCGGCCCGCUGCGCGGCCGAGUUUCUCGAAAUGUUCGAGACGAUCGACAAAGGGAACCUCAUCUACAAGAUUGAUGUGUUCCUCUCCUCCAGCAUAUUCCGCACCUGGAAGGACUCGAUCAUCGUGCUGCAGACAACAAGGUCGCUCCUUCCCUGGUCAGAGAACCUGAAGGUGAUCAACCACUGUGUGGACUCCAUCGCGGCCAAGGCUUCCAUCGACCCCUCGGAGGUCGACUGGUCGUACACCUACAACCGGAAGAAGCUGCCGUCGGAGAGCGACCCCGACUCGCACUGGAACGGCGUGAGGAAGCAGCUGACGGUGCCCAGGGACUGGUGGGUGGAGGACAUCUGCGACCUCGAGAUGGGCUUGUACAAGAAGGUGAUCCUGGCCAUCAAGGCCAAGGGGAGAACCGCCGGCGAGGUGGUCGGAGAAGCGCUACGAGCCUACGCGUACCGAAGGCUGUUCAGCACCUUGGACAGUGCUGCGAGCAACGGGCUUGACUGCACACGGCACCAUGCGGCUCUUGAGACCAUCAUUUCUCUGCUGCCACCUGAGAGAGGCUCCGUCUCCUGCGGCUUCCUGCUCAAGCUGGUGAGAGCGGCGUGCUUACUGGGGUCAGACGAGGCCUUGCGCGGCGACCUGGUAAAGAGGAUCGGCUCGCAGCUGGACAGAGCUUCCGUCUCUGAUCUUCUGAUACCCGCGAGCUCCGACGAGAAUGCUCUCUACAAUGUUGACCUGGUGUCCUCGAUACUGGAGGAGUUCAUGGUGCAGCGCAACGGCGAUGAUGAAGCAUUGGAGGACGGUGAGAGCUACCCGGCCUCUUUGGUCUCUGGCGGCGACUCGGAGCUCGCGUUGGUGAGGCUGGUCGACGGGUAUCUAGCCGAGAUCGCCAAAGACCCCAAUCUCCCUCUCCAAAAGUUCAUCGCCAUCGCUGAAAUGGCGCCCCUCGCGGCUCGGCCGACCCACGAUGGGCUCUACCGCGCCAUUGACAUGUAUCUCAAGGAGCAUCCGAGCCUGACGAAGAGCGAGAAGAAGAGGCUGUGCGGGCUCAUGGACUGCAAGAAGCUGACCGCCGAGGCGAGCUCCCACGCCGUGCAGAACGAGCGCCUCCCUCUGCGCUUGGUCGUGCAGGUCCUCUUCUUCGAGCAGCUCCGAGCAUCGGCCUCCGCCGAGGCGGCAGCGUCUGAUCACCACCCGUCCUCCGCCCUGCGCUCGCUCCUCCCCGGAGAGAACGGCAACUCGUAUGGCAGCUCCAGGUCGGCCGCCACGACGGCCACGACCGAGGACGACCAGUGGGGCGGCGGCAUGGCGCCAGCGUCCGGCGACACCAGCUCCUUCCGGUCGAUGAGCGGCCUGGGCAACAACAAGAGCGGAGGGAACGGCGGCAAGGCGGCGGCCAAGGGCCCGCUGCAGAUGCCGAGGAAGAUGCUGAACAAGCUGUGGUCCAGCAAGGCGAGCAGCGGGGAGAACAGCGCCGGCUCCGACACGUCGGAGAGCCCCGGCUCCGUCAACCUCGAGGCCGAGACCAAGUCCACGCAUUCGCGGAACACCAGGCAUUCCGUCUCGUAG